GCACCAGCUCAGACCAUGUGGACCGCGGAUGAAAUUGCUCAGCUAUGCUAUGAACACUAUGGGAUCAGGCUGCCCAAGAAGGGGAAGCCCGAGCCAAACCAUCAGUGGACAUUAUUGGCAGCCGUGGUGAAGAUACAAUCUCCAGCUGACAAGGCCUGCGACGCCCUUGAUAAGCCGGUGCAAGUGACAAAAGAAGUUGUAUCAAUGGGAACAGGAACAAAAUGCAUAGGCCAGUCCAAAAUGAGGAAGAGCGGAGACAUCCUCAAUGAUAGCCAUGCUGAGGUCAUAGCCAGAAGGAGUUUCCAAAGGUACCUUCUCCACCAACUCCAGUUGGCAGCCGCCCUGAAAGAGGAUAGCAUCUUUGUCCCAGGAACUCAAAAAGGAGUGUGGAAACUUAGACGAGACCUCAUUUUUGUGUUUUUCUCCAGCCAUACACCAUGUGGGGAUGCCUCCAUCAUUCCGAUGCUUGAGUUUGAAGAUCAGCCUUGCUGUCCUGUCUUCAGAAAUUGGGCCAACAGCUCAUCAGUAGAAGCCAGUAGUAACCUGGAAGCUCCUGGAAAUGAAAGAAAAUGUGAAGACCCUGACAGUCCUGUAACCAAAAAGAUGAGACUUGAGCCUGGGACUGCGGCUGGGGAGGUCACCAACGGAGCAGCUCGCCAUCAGAGUUUUGGCAAGCAGAAAAGUGGCCCAAUCUCACCAGGCAACCGCUGUGAUCUCACUGUAGGGGGACUGGCUGCUGUCACCAGAAUAGCCCCUGGUAGUGCCAAAGUGAUAGACGUUUAUAGAACUGGAGCCAAGUGUAUACCUGGAGAAGCUGGAGACUCCGGGAAGCCUGGUGCUGCUUUUCACCAGGUGGGGCUGCUCCGAGUGAAGCCAGGCCGUGGAGACAGAACACGCUCCAUGUCCUGCAGUGACAAGAUGGCCCGAUGGAACGUCCUUGGAUGCCAAGGGGCACUGUUGAUGCACUUCCUAGAAGAGCCCAUCUACCUGUCAGCUGUGGUCAUUGGGAAGUGCCCAUAUAGCCAGGAAGCCAUGCAGAGAGCACUGAUUGGAAGGUGUCAGAAUGUAUCUGCUUUACCAAAAGGCUUCGGAGUUCAAGAACUAAAAAUACUGCAGUCAGAUUUACUAUUUGAACAGAGCCGCUGUGCAGUGCAGGCAAAAAGGGCUGACAGCCCAGGUCGACUUGUUCCUUGUGGGGCAGCCAUCAGCUGGAGUGCAGUUCCUGAGCAGCCUUUGGAUGUUACUGCCAAUGGCUUUCCACAGGGAACAACAAAGAAAACAAUUGGAAGCCUUCAGGCAAGAUCCCAAAUCAGCAAAGUGGAACUCUUCAGAUCAUUCCAGAAGCUGCUAAGCAGAAUUGCAAGGGACAAGUGGCCACACUCCCUCAGGGUGCAGAAGCUGGAUACCUACCAGGAGUACAAGGAGGCUGCGUCCUCUUACCAGGAAGCCUGGAGCACACUCCGGAAGCAGGCGUUUGGAUCCUGGAUCAGAAACCCACCAGAUUAUCACCAGUUCAAGUGAGAAGGAAAUGUUUGCUCUGGUAGCAGGACCCUUCAUCCUGAACUGCCUUCCUCCACGCAGGACAAGUCUUAGCUUUUUUGGUAGUUAAAUCAGGGAACAUUCUUUCUGAGCAUUGCAUCUCUGUUGUGUAAUACAGAUGGCAUCUGGAACUUAGAGCAGGCUAUACUUGAUUGAAGUAGCUCUCUGCUAAAAUGGCAUCUCACUAAUGACCUCA